ACAACCUCCUGCGUACCCUACCGGCCUCUCGGAAGCGCGACUGGGCAACUUGCCUGCCGCACGUAACCUUCUGUUAUAAUACCACCCCGCAUCAAGCGACAGGAGAAUCGCCACACUUCCUUAUGUUCGGCCAAGAGCCACAGCUACCCGUAGACUUCCUCCUGGGCCGAGUUCGGCCACCGGCCCAUGGUCGAGUGUGCGACUGGAUACAGGAGCAUCAGGCCCGGCUUCAAGUGGCAUUUGAUGGGGCUCGGGAGCGUUUGGCCGCAGCGGCGGAAUAUCGCAAGGACAGACACGAUGCACGGGUGAAGACUGCUGUUUUAGAAGUAGGGCAACGGGUAUAUGUACGCAACCUCGGCGUGCGAGGUCGAAAUAAAAUCCAAGAUGUGUGGAACUCCCAGGUACACAUGGUGGUGCGUACCCCUUCGGAGACCGGAGCCGUGUACACGAUCGCCCCCGUCAACGAUCCAACGAAGCUGAAGCACGUUCACCGCAGCAUGCUGAAAGGAGUGGUGGGCCCCAUGGCCCCCGACACCCCCCCGGGGUCGGGCCGACCAGGCGAACCUACCCCUGUCGACUCAGGGGAGCUAUCGAGCGAAGAAGAUAUCCUUCUUGGGGAGCAGGUGGGCGAUGCUGACUUGGGUGUCCCAGCAGAGCCCCAUGCACCCCAGGGUGGCACCUCAGGAGGAAACGAAGGGCAGCGUCGGACUUCGCAGGCUUCCCCCAGCAGUUCGGCCGCUCAGCUACCCGGUCGUGGCACUAGCAGCAGCGAGGUGCCCCCACGCCGGACUUUCCGGUCUAACGCGGGACAACACUCUAAUCCCCAUCGGCUGCCUGGUGGGGCGACUUCAAACUCUUGAUGGAAUUUUGGAUCUGGGAGUGGGGGGGAAAGCGUACCUGCAUCGUCGGGCCGACGAUUCAACAUGUGGGGGGUAGAUUGUAAUGGAGCGCUGCUCCUUUAAGGGAAGUCUGACGCUGCGGCACACGUCACCACGCCGCUCGUAGAGGCUUAUGGGAAGUCUCUUCAUAAACACUGCCAGUGGCUAGUAUUCGGUAAGCCUGCAAAGUUCCCCUUUGCGCGUUUCAUCGCCACCGGCGAAUGCUGUGGUUGCUUCUCCCCUCGCCGUCGAGAGGAGUGCGGUGUCCAGUUCAGAUCUAGGAGAUGUGGACCAUUUCUUGUCCUCGUGAGUAUGUGGACCAUUUCUUGUCGCUGUUUAUGUGCUAGCCAGCAGCUAGUGGCUAACUUCGCGUCUGCUGUUCUAUAGGUUGUGAUUCCAACUUGGCGUCUCUUACUUGACUAGAGUGAUCUCUUGCUUCUCCACUGGCAAGGACUUCGGUGGACAAUACCAACGGUUACCUUGCGCCUUUCCCGUCUCCUGCACGCCGGUAUGUAUUAUAGUGGGUUAGCUUGUGCCUUUACCCAGCCCUGACUGUUUGUUUUCGUACCAUGGUUGCUAACGACGGCCAUUAUUAUGGUUUCAGCGUGUGGUCGCUACCGGCGCCUCGGCCGUGUACCUCUGUAUUGGCACUCCGACUGUGAGAAUCGCGCAUCGGUGCACCCUCAUCUCCGGGUUGUAUCCGUGUGGCCGUGGUCAGACACACCACGCGUUUAGGUGCACGAGCGGCGACUUUUAGCCCCGGUUGUGUGGUGCCUCUGGAAGCCGGGAACCCGUAUUUCGGCUGCUGCUCCGGCCUCGGAAAUUGGACAUUCGUGUGUGUGUGUGCGUGGGCGCGCUUUGGUUCAGUGUGUGUGUGUGUGUGUGUGUGGGCGCUCGGCUCGGUGUGAGCUGGUGUACGCUGGUGCGUGUGAGUGUGUGUGUGUAGGUAGUGUGGGGAUACCUAGGGGACUGCACUGAGCUGAGCCUCUGGCAUUGGUUUACCUCAUGUUUUGAUUUCGUUUUCUUUAGUUUGCUGUGCCUAAUUUCCCUUUUUUUAUUAUUUCAUUCAAUUAUCUAAUUUCUAAUUUAACUGCAUGUGCUUAUUGGAUUUUGAUUUAUUUUGCAUGGUUUGCUGUGAUUUCUUCUUGUUUCUGUUUGCCGUGAAUUAUUUCUGUUUGUUGUGAACUAUUUCUUUACUUUUCUUUUGUUAAUUCUGAGGUGUGCCAUUGGCCCUAAUGUGUUAGCCGUGCCAGCCCCUAGUAACAAAGUCUGACAACCUGAGUGUGGGUUCUAAGGCCUUAGGCCUACCAGGUGUGUUGCCUAUUGUGAAUUAGUGAACAUACUUUGGGGCAGGUGUUUACAGAUCCGCGGGUGUGGUGGCAGCACACCCACCCCUGCACUUUACUGUGAACGUGAACAUACUUUGGGGCAAGUGUUUAU